GAAAAUGUUUUACAUAAAUACAUGUCACAACUCUCCUCAAUUUAUGACCUUAACAAAAUGCAAAAAUACCUUAAGAAGAUAGUGGACAAAAUUGAAAGCAAAGUGAAAAGCCAAUUGAUUUGAUAUAACUUUAUAGAAUUAAAUAUAGACAGUUUGAGUUGGUUCGAUGACAUUUAUUUCUCUGCCUCUUUCCCAACGUCCCCCUUCUUUAUAAGGCAGAGUAGAGUAAUAAGACCGGUCCAUGACCCUCACGUGACCUCUCUCACUCUCACGUGCCUCUCUUCUCCUCCGUCAUUAAUAUAAAACAGUUGGGGAAUUUAUAACUUUCUUCUUCUUCUUCUUCUCUCUCUGUUUCUCUCUGUGCGAGCUCUCUCCUCUCAUCAAUGGAAUCUCUCAUCAAUCCCAGCCAUGGCGGAGGAAACUACGAUUCUCACUCUUCUUCUCUCGAUAGUCUCAAACCAAGCGUACUAGUCAUCAUUCUCAUUCUCCUCAUGACUCUUCUCAUCUCCGUUUCCAUUUGCUUCCUCCUCCGCUGUCUCAAUCGCUGUAGCCACCGCUCCGUUCUCCCUCUUUCAUCUUCCUCUUCCGUCGCAACCGUAACUUCCGAUUCCCGACGAUUCUCUGGACAUCGAGUCUCUCCCGAAACAGAACGGUCCUCCGUGCUUGAUUCGCUUCCGAUUUUCAAAUUCUCCUCCGUCACUCGCCGAUCUAGCUCCAUGAAUUCCGGAGAUUGCGCCGUUUGUUUGUCGAAAUUCGAACCGGAGGAUCAGCUCCGUCUUCUUCCUCUCUGUUGUCACGCUUUUCACGCCGAUUGUAUCGAUAUCUGGCUAGUCUCUAACCAGACUUGUCCUCUCUGUCGCUCUCCUCUCUUCGCUUCAGAAUCUGAUCUCAUGAAGUCUCUCGCCGUCGUCGGCUCAAACAACGGCGGAGGAGAAAACAGCUUCCGUCUCGAAAUCGGAUCCAUCAGCCGUCGUCGUCAAACACCGAUUCCAGAAUCCGUUGAGCAGCAUCGAACUUACUCAAUCGGUUCGUUCGAUUACAUAGUAGACGACGUAGAUUCAGAAAUCUCAGAGUCAAAUUUCAACCGUGGAAAACAGGAAGACGCGACUACAACAACUGCCACAGCAACGGCGGUUACGACUAAUCCGACGUCGUUUGAAGCUAGUUUAGCGGCGGAUAUAGGUAACGAUGGUUCUAGAAGCUGGCUCAAGGAUUACGUUGACAGACUCUCACGAGGUAUAUCGUCGCGUGCAAUGUCGUUUAGAAGCUCUGGUAGAUUUUUUACUGGGAGUAGUCGUCGGAGUGAGGAAUUGACGGUGAUGGAUUUAGAAGCGAAUCAUGCCGGAGAAGAGAUAAGUGAGCUUUUCCGGUGGCUCUCAGGGGUGUGAGUGACAGGUGAGUUGGUGACAUUUGUUCAUUCACUUGGAAAAAAAAACAGAGCAUUACUUUUGGUUUGUACAUAUAAACACUAUUUGAAGUUCUUUGCUUCAAUUACCGAUUUUUUUUUUCUUUUUCUGACGAUAUAACAGAUGAAUUCUCUAGUUAUAUAUUAUUACUUUUAAAUGGUCUAUUUUCUCUUUUAUUAUGUCCAGUGUGAUUCAACAUUGAUAGCGAA